CCCCUCCUCCUCCCGCCGGCCUCCGCUUCCUAGAAUCCAAGAUGGCGGGAUCCAGGCAAAGGGGUCCCCAGGCCAGAGUUCGGCCUCUUUUCUGCGCCCUACUGCUGUCGCUUAGUCGCUUCGCCGGGAGCGACGGCAUGGGAGGCGACCCUGCGGCUACUGGUGCCGCGGGCACCGCAGCCGGGUCGCCACACCGGCGUUUCGAGUACAAAUACAGCUUCAAGGGACCGCACCUGGUGCAGAGCGACGGGACAGUGCCCUUCUGGGCCCACGCGGGGAAUGCUAUUCCAAGUUCAGAUCAAAUUCGAAUAGCACCAUCUUUAAAAAGCCAAAGAGGAUCAGUGUGGACAAAGACGAAAGCAGCCUUUGAGAACUGGGAAGUUGAGGUGACAUUUCGAGUGACUGGAAGAGGUCGAAUUGGAGCUGACGGCCUGGCAAUUUGGUAUACAGAAAAUCAAGGCUUGGAGGGUCCUGUGUUUGGAUCAGCUGAUAUGUGGAAUGGUGUUGGAAUAUUUUUUGAUUCUUUCGACAAUGAUGGAAAGAAAAAUAAUCCUGCUAUAGUAAUUAUAGGCAACAAUGGACAAAUCCAUUAUGACCAUCAAAAUGAUGGUGCUAGUCAAGCUUUAGCAAGUUGUCAGAGGGACUUUCGUAAUAAACCCUAUCCUGUCCGGGCAAAGAUUACGUAUUACCAGAAAACACUGAUGGUAAUGAUCAAUAAUGGCUUCACACCAGAUAAAAAUGACUAUGAAUUUUGCGCCAGAGCGGACAAUCUGGCUCUCCCUUCCCAAGGGCAUUUUGGAGUAUCGGCUGCAACUGGAGGUCUUGCAGAUGACCAUGAUGUCCUUUCUUUUCUGACCUUCCAGUUGACUGAGCCUGGGAAAGAGCUGCCUACGCCAGAUAAAGAAAUUUCAGAAAAAGAAAAAGAAAAGUAUCAGGAGGAAUUUGAGCACUUUCAACAAGAAUUGGAUAAAAAAAAGGAGGAAUUCCAGAAGGGCCACCCUGACCUUCAGGGGCAUCCUGCGGAUGAAAUAUUUGAGAGUGUAGGAGACCGCGAGCUGAGACAAAUCUUCGAAGGACAGAAUCGUAUCCAUCUUGAAAUCAAGCAGCUGAACCGACAGUUAGAUAUGAUUCUUGAUGAACAGAGAAGAUGCGUCUCUUCGCUGACAGAGGACUUUGCUAAAAGAGGGCUGGGAAUCCCAGCCCAGCAGGGACAGAUCACCCAGCAAGAGCUGGAUACCGUUGUGAACACUCAGCACGAGAUCCUGAGACAAGUAAACGAAAUGAAGAAUUCCAUGAGUGAAACCGUCAGACUGGUCAGCGGCAUCCAGCAUCCCGGGUCUGCUGGGAGCGUUUAUGAGUCAACCCAGCACUUCAACGACAUCAAAGAGCACCUGCACAUCGUGAAGCGGGACAUAGACAACUUAGUGCAGCGAAACAUGCCAUCAAAUGAAAGACCAAAAUGCCCAGAGCUGCCACCAUUUCCAUCAUGUUUAUCUACGAUGCACUUCGUUAUAUUUGUAGUGGUACAAACGGUGUUAUUCAUUGGUUACAUCAUGUAUAGGACUCAGCAAGAAGCAGCUGCCAAAAAAUUCUUUUGACCCCGUUUUUCAUAUGUGUACAUCAUAACUAAGGAUAUUGUGAAGCACUUGUUAGGAAGCUUAACCUUGAAAUGUCAGACUGCAAGGGUUCGCUGUACUGUUUGUGCAUAGUGGUCCUCAGUGUUACAGAAUCAGUCCGGAAAGGACAUUUGAACAUGCAGACCUCAUGUUGUCUUCACGGCUGAUGUAGACCUGUGUUUUUGCUGACUUCAAAAUACUUUUAUCUCUUUUAGCUAAGUUGUUAUCUUUCAUUUGUCAGAGAACCCAGAGUAAGAAGUUACACUGUUGUAUAAGACAGUACCAUUUCAUUCUUCUAAACCUUCAUAAAUUUGUUCUCAAACGUCAUUUACAGACUGGGCUAACCACCUAAAAUCUGUACAGAGACUCUGAGGAACUCUGCAGUGUAGCAGUACGUACUUCGUACUAUGUACGCAGACAGCCCUAGCAUUGCUUUUCGUGUUAGCGUUGAUCCCGGAAUGCUGAGUAAGACUAUUCUAAUGACUGCUCGCUCUGCUUCAGUCACUUUAACAGAGAAAAUGCUUCUCUGGUGCUUCUCUCCUUUGUGGUAUUCACAUUUUGAAAUUCAUGUUCCAGAGACGCCAUCACAGAAUUUGCUCUUAAUCUGUGGGAAAAAAAAAAAAACUUCAGAAGAGUAUUUAAGUUGUGGGCUGUGGAAGUUGGGAAAUCCUCUUGAUAAAAGGCUGCAAAAUAUCCAGUGUUACAAAAUCCAUUGUCAUGUGUGCCUGAACGGACUAAGGGGACACCCGACGUAUGAAUGCAGUGGACAUUGUUCAGGCUACAGUUGGGAGAGGAAUUGUGCUGACCGUUACUAAUUCAGUCGGAGAGAGCUAUUAUGAAAAUGCGUGAAUCUUUUUCUUUUUUACCUAGUAAUUUAAUUUACUUGAAGAUCACUCAUAAAGCAGUUCACACAGGCUGUUCAUCGUAUUAUUUGAAAUUUGGUUUAUUUUCUUCAAAAUCAUUCGCUUUAAGUAGCUCAUUUCUGAAGAAAAAUGUCUGCUCUGUGGAAAAAUCAAUCACUGCCAGGAUUCUUUCAUUUCUGUACUAUUUUGUAUAAUUACAUUUGUUACCUUCUCUCACACCAGCAAGUAUUUUACAGGUGCCUUGGACUAAAACAAAAUUGAUUUUAAAAAACUUUAGUGUUGAGUCAUCGUGCCUACGAUGCCACUUUUAAAAACAAUAUCCAAUGCCAUAAUGGCUAAUACUUUUUUUUUAAUGUACCUGUUUGUGUUCUAAUUGUUUGAAUGUUUUAUUCAGCUUAAAACUUUACUAAGAAGCCACGAACCAUCAACAAUGUUUUGUUCUGUAUUAAAGGGACAUCAGUGUUUCUCAGAGUGUGGUCCGUGGACCGUGUGGGUCAUGCUGUGCUUGUGAAGCAUAAGGAUUCCAGGCCUCCAUUCUAAAGCACCUGAAUCAAAAUUCAGAGGCGGGGCUUCAGAAUACCACUUUUCAGCAAGCACGUCAGGUGGUUCUGAGCACACUAGUGUCUGAGAACCACUAACAUGGGGAGUGGAAAAAAAGUACUGUGUUCUGUUGGUUUAAAGCUGAGCAGAGAGCAUAAUAGAUCAUUUUCAUUGUCGGUGACGUUAGCACAUGUGCACGGAUCCUUUUCUUCUUGCAGUGUUCUUCCUCCUAAAAUUCUUGCUUUCUUAACAACCACAAACUAAACCCAGAUUGUUGCCUGUAGCUCUUGGUACUUUGGUUGAUGGCUUUUAAACUUACAGAAUCAUCGUCAGAUCAUGACUAAGCCAUGAAAACCCCCAUCUCAAAGUCUGCCUGCCAAAGCUUUUUGCUUUCUUGAUUGCGAUUUCUGUGACAUUUUAUCUCAGACAAUUGUACUUUUUUGAUAACUUAGGGAAAACAAAUUACUUGAAUAAGGGAUCGCCUGACCCAAUGCGUUGCAGAGAUACAAUCUUUGUAAAGAACUUAAAUAACGGUUGUGAAUAUUAAGAUGUGAUUAUCUUUUCCUGUCCAUGUGCUUAUGCAGGGAGAUCCUGAAUAAACCAUUAUACGGGGGAUUUUUUUAUUUAUAAGAUCUAAUGUAAAAUCACCACUUGCAACUUUUUAGAUCUGUACGUUGCCUAUUUAAUAUAUUUCUUUUAAAGUUAAGGGUUUUCUAUCCACUGUUAAUUUCAAUUGGAUAACAUUUUGUCAAGUGUUUUUUUUCUGAUUGUUAUUUGACGCUAGCUGGAAUUCAAGAAAUGACAUUGACCUUAUUCAAAUAAAGAAAUAUUUUAGUAAAUUUA